AUGGUGGUGAUGAGUGUGUGAGCCUUUCUUUUUGAGCUACUAAAUUCGACACACGAUACGAGUAUUUAUAGGAAAUUCAUUUAAAAAAAAGGCAAACAAAAGCGAAAAAAAUAAACAACAUUUCGUACUACUCGUGUAAUUGAUUAUUUUUGAUUGAUUUUUUGUUUUGUUUCGUCGUUAUUGUCUAUUCCUUCUUUUGCCGAUUCUCUGGUGAGUGAUGAACUGAUAUAAAUAAUUCUAUUGAAAUUCGAUGCAUCUUUGGCCGGAAAUGUUCGUGUGCCAGGGCAUACGAAGUGCGAAAACGUUCGAUUUAUUGCGAUAUUUUUUUUUGUUAUUGGUUCAAUAACCGACAAAUUUUGUUUACAUUUCUUCUUCUCGUUUAUAAAUUAAAAAAAAAAAACAUUGACGCGGUACAAAAACGUGGGAAUUUUUUUGAAAAUUGUUAAUUUCUUCGGUUUUGUUACAACGAAUAAAAAAACUGAGAAAUUCGCAACAAAAACCACUUGAGAAAAAGUCGUGCUAAUUAUUAUAAGAUAACGCGGCGUAGACAGACAAUGGGCACAAAAAAGGCCCAUUCAUAACGAUAAGAGCCAGACGAUCAUUGCAAAUUCGAAUUACUAUCGUUUUGCCACCAAAAUCACUAGUUUUACAACUUUUUUCAUUUAAUUUUCUACUUAGACAGCCGGACGCCCUUUUCAUAUCAGUCUCGCAAUUAAUUUUUUCGGAAUUUUUUUUUUCGCACAACUUUGUGAGUCAGAAAUUUCACACGUUUUUUGAUCUUUUUUGUUUGUUCCCUCAAGUGAUUCCGUUGUAUGGAAUUUUUAUUUGUCUCAACUCCUUGCCGAUUUCAAUUGCUUCAAAACACAAAUUCAAUAUUUUUCACUAUUCGUAUUAUAUUUCGUUCGAGAUCGGUUAUCGAAAGAGGCAGAACCAUCGAUUGCUAGUCAUCUUUCGAGAAUACUUUCUUUGAUCUACAUUCUACAUUGUAUCAAAAUUUUGCAAAUCAUUAAUUUAUAUGUUCAAUUUUGUACGUACGUCAUAACAUCAUCCUUCGGGAUUUUUCAUACAGUCAAAAUAUGAUUUUUUAAACCUAGAAACAAGCGAACGCAUUAUGUGGUUUUUUCAUUCAAAAACGUUGGGUUUUUUCAUUGCCACCACAUUAUUCAAGGUUCAACCUAGAGAGAUUUGGUAAAUAGACUCUGGUCAAUCGAUGAGGUCUGCGACAGGGUUAAUGUGACGUAUACAAAAUGAAACAGUUGAUCUAAAAGACAAACGGUGAGCGAAAGCUAGCGGUUCUCGCACUUUUGCGAUCAAUGUUAACUAAUGAACGAAAAAAAGCGAAAUAGAAUAAUUAGGAAAACAUAGCGAGCUAUGCAUGGCAACCUGAAUCAAAUCAUUCUCUCGGUUGUAUGUAUAUUUUUUGCGAGGAUUUAGUUCAUUCGCGUUAAUAAAUUAUCAUCAUCCGUCACCAUGUCGAAGUCAAGACUAAUGGAAUGCAACUUUUGCGCGAUGAUCAUACUUGAUCCACAAUGACCUCUAUCAUUUAUGUGUGAUUGCUUCUAGAAAUUUUACACCUUCUUCGAAAUAAAAUGUUGCGCGCGUUGCUAUUUCUGAUAUGCGUCCGUUUUUUGCGCGGCAGCCUUUUUUUCGCUUCAAUGAAUGUUCGUGCAGUUGUAAGUUCUCUCCGUGCCGCCGAUGACGAUUCGGCGAUAGAGGAAGGAAGAUCUCGAGCGUUGCAGAAAAGGCGAGAAAGAUAGAGCGAGGGAGAGAGAGAGAGAGAGAUAUAUAUAUAGAAUGAAAGAGAAGAAAGGAUAGGGAUUUUUGUGUGAGAAUUAGCCGUCGCAAAUGAUGCGAUAAUUAAACUGGAUUUCGCAAGCUGUUUGUUGUUUUUCAAUAUGGAUUUUGCGCGGAUCUCAAAUUUGUGUUGUAUUUUGUUUCUGUUUGAUUCGGUUUGUCCGCAAUCAAACGGCAUGCUAUACAAUGUAGUAGUUGACCGCUUAUCAGCAACUCAUUGAAAAUGAUGCAUGCGUCUGAUCUUAUUACACUAUUCGAUACGAGAAGAAGAGCCGGCAGCGGAAAAUAAUACGACGCGUUUUUUGCGCGUUUGCCAACGUUGAAUGGAGUGUGUGUGUGCGUGCGUACUAGCGAGCGAGCGAGCGAUAUUUUUCUUGCUCAUUGGAAAACAACACACAAUCACGAGCUUUAUAUUCGAAAAUCAGUGGCGCCAAAAAAUCAGUUUAACUUCGACACUGCAAUCGUUAACAACACACAAGCUUCUUCCUAGUUUUUGUCAUUAUUAGUGUAAUUGACGCGGAAAUAAAUUGAACAAUUGAUUGAUUCGUUCUGGUGUGAAAUAAAAUUGUAGAUUGAUUUUCCAACGAUGGUACAUAUUGCUGUAAUUGGAGCUGGGUGUGCCGGGCUGUGUGCAGCCAAAACGGCUUUGCAGAGCGGUUGUGAGGUGACAGUUUUUGAGCAGGCCAAACAAGUUGGUGGCACAUGGGUGUACUCGGAUCAAAUUGGAAAAGAUGAAUAUGGUCUGGAUGUGCACACGAGCAUGUAUCAAGGUUUACAUACAAAUUUACCAAAGGAACUGAUGGGCUAUCCAGAUUUUCCAAUUCCCGAUCAGAAAAAAUCCUACAUUCCACAAAAGGACAUGCUUACAUUUUUGGAGUUGUACGCACAACAAUUCGAUGUAUACAAGACCAUUAAAUUUCAAUCGUACGUGAUUCGUGUACGACCGUAUGGUGAUGAGGAUCAAUGGGAAAUAAUCGUGCGUGACCUACCGACCGAAACAUACACUACGUACAUUUUUGAUGCGAUUAUUGUUUGUAACGGCCAUUAUCAUACGCCUGCCAUGCCAAAAUAUCCCGGAAAAGAUGUGUACAAGGGUCAGCAAAUCCAUUCACACGAUUUUCGAUGCUCUCAACCGUUCAAAGGCGCAUCUGUAUUAGUUAUCGGAGCUGGACCAAGUGGUAUGGAUUUGGCAAAUGAAAUGUCAAAGGUGGCUGAACGCGUAACGCUCAGCCAUCACCAGAAUCCCGAGCCAAAAACCAUUUUUCGACCAAAUGUUGAUAUGCGACCGGAUGUCGAACGGCUCACCGAAAAUGGUGUUGUAUUUGUUGAUGGCACCGAACAAACCUAUUCCGUGAUUAUGUACUGCACCGGAUACAAAUACACAUUCCCCUUUUUGAGUAUCGAUUGUGGCAUUUCCGUGGAUGAUAACUACGUGAAACCACUGUACAAACACUGCAUCAACAUCAACCAUCCGACGAUGGCACUCAUUGGCGUACCAUUCUACGUGUGUGCAUCACAAAUGUUUGACUUGCAGGUUCGUUUCGUCAUGAAAUACUUUUCGAAACAAUUGCAAUUGCCAUCGAAAAAGGAAAUGCUCAAAGAUACCCAAGAUGAAAUGGAAAAGCGCUGGGCACUUGGAUUAAAGAAGCGUCAAGCACAUAUGAUGGGGCCCGCUCAGAACGAUUACUACGAUGAUUUGGCAAAGACGGCUGGCAUCGACAACCUCAAACCAGUGAUGACUAAAUUACACAAUGAUAGCAGCGAACGUUUCUUAGAUGAUUUGGUCAACUUCCGAAAAGACAUUUAUCGAAUUAUCGAUGAUGAAACAUUCAUUAAAAUCAAAGGCGUUUAAUUUCGUUAGAAAAAAAACUUUGUUCACUAUUUACAUUUAUAUAAAACGAAUUUAUUUUUAAUAUUUGAAUACAGUAAUACCCAGUUUUUCUUACGUAUAUUUACGACGACAGAAUAAUGCGUUUUGUUUUUAGAUAAUUUGCCAAUAAAGUUAUACUUAUUUAAAAUUUAAAAAAAAA